ACCGUCUGGCAAGACUCAUUUUUCGGCGAAAACUCACUGGGGAAACGUCGCGGAGACGGAGACAUAGACUGUUGAGAAAGUGGCUAAAUAGUGCCAUACGAAUUGAGUGUGAGAGCGGGAGAGCGCAACUGGGUGUUCUUGUGUGUGUGUCAUCAGUGUGUGGGUGUGCGAGAGCCAAGGAAAAACAUAAUAAACAAACAUACUUCCGAGGAAGUUCCCAAUCAUGUCGACGGUGGAGUCCUCCAGUUCGGCGGUCCAACAGCCGCCGUCCUCGACCUUGCCCCUUCUGGGCGACAACCAGGUUGUGAUGCAGGCGUCCACCUCCAGUUCUGCUUCCUCGGCCUCUGCCUCUUCCUCGGGGGGCGGUGGCAGUGUGGUGGGGGUGCCGCUGGACACGCAGAGCGGCGGCGAGCCGCCGGCUAAGAAACAGCUACUGGACGGUGGGGCACCUAGCAGCAGCUCGCUUUCCAGUGCGGCAGCCGCCUCCGGGAUGCACGAAAAGCUGGCCCACCGCAUCUCCAAUGCCCUGUGCUGCGCCGUCUGCCUGGAUUUGCCCAAAACAGCCAUGUACCAGUGUCAAAUGGGUCACUUGAUGUGCGCCGCCUGUUUCACGCAUCUUCUGGCGGAUGGACGCCUGCGCGACCAAAUUGCUACUUGUCCUAAUUGCCGCGUGGAAAUCUCGAAGAGCACGGCUUCGCGUAACUUGGCCGUGGAGAAGGCCGCUAGUGAACUGCCCAGCGAUUGCCAGUUCUGCAACAAGGAGUUCCCUUACAAAUCACUCGAACGCCAUGAACAACACGAGUGCCAGGAGCGGCCCACCAAGUGCAAAUAUCAUCGCAUUGGCUGCCAGUGGCGCGGACCCUUCCAUGAGACUACCGAGCACGAGCGCAACUGCUUGCAUCCCCAGAAGUCCGGAUACGAGGUGAUGGCCGCCCUGGAGGCCCACGAUGUGAUGAUCAAGGAGGAAAAGAAGAUGUUUAACACCCUGAUUGACUUGCUGAGCUAUGAGAAGAUUAUAUUUAAUGAUCUCCAGAUGAAACCCUACCGGACGGACGAGUACGUGCACAAGCUCUUCUACGAGACGGCCCGCUUCUCGGCCUUCAACCAGCAGUGGGUGGUGAAGGCGCGAAUCAACAACAGCCAGCGCGAUCCGCACCAGUCGAACGAGCGCACCAUCACCUACCAGCUGAUCCUGAAGACCAAGACCAGCACGCCCAUGAGCAUACACUUCUUUGCGCUGAAGGGUCCGUUCUCGGACAUGAAAGUCUCCACGCAGAUCUACAAACACGAGUUUACUGAGACGAGCACCGAGAGUGAGUAUUAUGUUUUGCCAUUGCCAGAUGGCGUCGGCGGCAGUGGAUCGAGUGAAUGCAACCGCAUGCUGGCCAACAAAGGCAUAAACUUCCGGCUGCUCAUGUUUCUGCUGAACAAGUAAACACGUUCGACAAGCAGCGGAUAAACAUUUUCAAUUUAGCUUAAGUUUGUUGUUUCAAACUCUUGAAUGUGCAAAAUCUAGAUAUAGUUGACUUAUAUUUUCUAUAAAUGUAAAUGUAACUGAAACCACGAGCCCACUUUCGGUUAGUUAAGCUGUUAGUGCUGGCGGCGCAAUGGAAGCGAUUGGUGGACAAGACAAGACGGCCGAUGUGUUUGACUAACGUUAAAAUGAUCUCACAGGAAGGAGCCAACCCCGCUAACCCGAUAAUAUCGAUAAUAACCAUUAAAUAGCUGUAGAUUAACUGUCCGGACGCAAGGACCUCGAGUCCACGGCUCCGUUUUCACUGUAAGAAGAACAACACCAAGUUGAAACUCGAACCCCCGGGCCUAAUGCAAAAACAACCAAACUAAAAAAACAAGAACUAGAGUCCUCACAUUCAAAUCUUGUCUAAUCCUCGUUCUGUUGACCCUCUUACGAUUUAAUGCUUUGAACUUACAUUCGUACAUGUAAUAUUUAUAUGCAUCGUUAAAUGAUAACUAUACCUAAUGCAUAUACAAUAAAGAUACUUCUUAAUAAAUAAAA